UACACGAGAUAUAUCUGCCAAGCAGAUGCCAAACACUAAACACCAACACCUCGUAGUCGCGAGAGAUCGUCCCGAGCGCGAUAUUCGACCACGACCAUGAUAACCUCGACGACAAUGCGGCCGGCAUUGGGGCAAUGUCGUGCUGGCAUGCCCUCUGCUGCACACCUGCAACGGUCUGGUCUUGGUCUCAUAGCCCGCCAUAUCCGACCUUUCUACCAACCCACGCAGAAAUGGAACGAGCGUAAACAGUUCCGCCCUCGAGUCUCGAGAAUCAUUCCUGCACGGCAUGCCACCGUCGAGUCCUCCCCUUCGCCUGCCUCCGAACCUGUUCCUCCUGUCAAAUUGACUCCAUACUCAGACCUCACUAUUGGAGUUGUCCGUGAGAUAUAUCCCAAUGAGCGACGCGUGGCUAUCACUCCACAAAAUGCUGCUCUCCUACUCAAGAAGGGGUUCAAGCGUGUUCUGGUUGAGCGAGGUGCAGGAGCUGAGGCACAAUUCCCGGAUCAGGCAUACGAGAAGGCAGGAGUGACAUUGGGAGACAGCAAAUCUGUUUUUGCAGAGAGUGAUAUCUUGCUCAAAGUUCGAGCUCCGAGCAUUGAUGAUGCAUUGAGUGAGGUAGACCAGCUCAGAGAUGGAUCUAUUGUCAUUUCGUUCCUCUACCCUGCUCAGAAUAAGAAAGUGGUGGAGAGUCUGGCUACUCGUGGAACCACCAGCUUUGCCAUGGAUAUGAUACCUAGAAUAUCAAGAGCUCAGGUCUUUGAUGCUCUAAGCUCGAUGGCCAAUAUUGCAGGGUACCGAGCUGUUUUGGAAGCUUCGAAUAAUUUUGGACGAUUCAUGACUGGUCAGGUUACUGCAGCUGGGAAGAUUCCUCCUUGUAAAGUUCUUGUUAUUGGUGCUGGUGUUGCCGGAUUGAGUGCUAUUGCUACAGCACGCCGUCUUGGAGCUAUUGUUCGAGGAUUCGACACUCGAUCAGCUGCACGUGAACAAGUCCAGUCUCUUGGUGCCGAAUUCAUCGAAGUGGAACUUGAAGAAGAUGGUUCUGGAGCUGGAGGUUACGCCAAAGAGAUGUCGAAGGAGUUCAUUGAGGCCGAAAUGAAGCUAUUCCUAGAGCAAUGCCGCGAGGUAGACAUUGUCAUUACUACAGCACUUAUUCCUGGUAGACCUGCACCCAAAUUGAUCACAGAAGAGAUGCUUGCUGCCAUGAAGCCAGGAAGCGUAGUCGUGGAUUUGGCCGCUGAAAAUGGUGGAAACUGUGUAGCUACUAUCCCAGGGCAGCUGGUUCAUCAUCAUGGAGUUACUGUCAUCGGAUAUACUGAUCUCCCAUCACGUCUACCAACACAGUCUUCAACCCUGUACUCCAACAACAUCACCAAGUUUCUCCUUUCAAUGGCACCUGACGAAAAGUCUUUCGGUAUCGAUUUCAAGGAUGAAGUUGUAAGAGGCUCAGUUGUCACUUACAAGGGUGAUAUCAUCCCUACGGCUCCAAGACCGGCACCUCCACCACCCAAGCCAGUUAAUCCAGUAGCCGAUUCAAAGCAACCAGAAGAACUUGCCAUUACACCUUUCCAAAAGACAUCACGUGAAGUUGCUACGGUCACUGGUGGAAUGGGUCUCGCUCUUGCAUUAGGCAAGGCCACCGGACCGUUAUUCAUGACGAACUUCUUUACUUUCGCUCUUGCUGGACUUAUUGGCUAUAGGACAGUUUGGGGUGUUGCUCCUGCGUUGCAUUCCCCAUUGAUGAGCGUUACAAAUGCUAUUUCUGGCAUGGUUGGUGUUGGCGGCUUCUUCAUCAUGGGAGGUGGACUCGUUCCUCACACAUUCCCACAAGUACUAGGCGCUCUUUCAGUCCUGCUUGCUUUCGUCAACGUGUCUGGUGGCUUCGUAAUCACCAAGCGCAUGUUAGACAUGUUUAGACGACCUACCGAUCCUCCCGAGUAUCCUUGGCUAUAUGGUAUUCCAGCUGUUCUUUUCGGUGGAGGUUACAUUGCUGCUGCAAGCACCGGCAUGGCUGGUCUUGUCCAAGCUGGCUAUCUUGUUAGCUCUCUCAUGUGCAUAGGAUCACUUUCUGGACUUGCUUCUCAAGCAACUGCGAGACAAGGUAAUAUUCUUGGUAUGAUGGGUGUCAGCUCCGGUAUCCUGGCUUCACUUGCAGCUGUCGGCUUCUCUCCUGAAGUUCUGAUGCAGUUUGGUGGAGUCGCUGCUAUCGGAAGUAUAGUAGGUUUGAUGAUUGGUCGUCGGACUACUGCGACAGAUCUUCCUCAGACUGUUGCUGCAUUGCAUUCAGUAGUCGGUUUAGCUGCUGUCCUCACCAGCUUUGGAAGCGUCAUGGCACAUAUUGGAGAUAUUUCCAUGCUGCACCUGGUUGCUGGCUACCUGGGUGUUCUUAUCGGUGGUGUCACAUUUACUGGCUCGGUUGUAGCUUUUAUGAAGCUUGCUGGCAAGAUGUCGUCCAAGCCAAUCAAGAUUCCCGGUCCACGUCAUGCCCUGAACACCUCACUUCUUGGACUCAACGCCGCCACUAUGGCUACAUUCAUUGCUGCAGCUCCAGGUUCACCAAUUAUCGCAGCUGCUUGUCUUACUGGAAAUGCCGUCCUCAGUUUUACGAAAGGCUAUACCACGACAGCGGCAAUUGGUGGUGCAGAUAUGCCUGUCGUCAUCACUGUUUUGAAUGCAUAUUCAGGGUUUGCAUUAGUAGCCGAAGGAUUCAUGUUGGACAAUCCGCUACUCACUACUGUUGGUGCUCUGAUUGGUGUUAGUGGUUCGAUUCUCUCCUACAUUAUGUGCGUUGCGAUGAAUCGGGGAAUAGCCAACGUUCUCUUUGGCGGUAUACCACAGACCGACAAUUCCGAGUACAAGAUGGAGGGAUCUAUCACCAAGACGACGGUCGACGAAACAGCCGAUGCGCUUGCAACAGCUGAGAGUGUCAUCAUUAUAGUGGGAUAUGGCAUGGCUGUUGCGAAGGCACAGUAUGCGAUUAGUGAUAUUACGAGAAUGUUGAAGCACAGAGGUGUCAAUGUCCGAUUCGCUAUCCAUCCAGUUGCUGGCCGUAUGCCAGGACAAUGUAACGUCCUUCUCGCAGAAGCCAGUGUCCCAUACGACAUUGUCCUUGAGAUGGACGAAAUCAACGAUGACUUCCCCGAGACUGAUCUCACCCUCGUUAUUGGCGCCAACGACACCGUGAACCCUAUUGCUCUCGAACCAGGUUCUUCCAUUGCUGGCAUGCCAGUCCUACAUGCGUGGAAGAGUAAGCAGGUUAUCGUCAUGAAGAGAGGAAUGAGUAGUGGAUAUGCAGAUGUACCGAACCCGAUGUUCUUCAUGCCUGGGACGAAGAUGUUGUUUGGUGAUGCAAAGGAUAGCUGUGAUGCUAUCAAGGCGGCAUUGGAGAGUAAGGGAAAGAUGUUUGAUGUUUAAUUAGUGAACAUCACAAUGGAGAGUGGGGCUGAGUCGGGAUGAGAACUUUGCUUUGGAAUUGGAAGUCGUCUGAGACACGGAGUUGGCGCAAUGCAUUUGCUUACAUAUCUUCUUGCCUUCAUUUCUGCAU